AUGAGCUCUCCUUUGCGACCAAGCAUGUCGGCAGCCAACCGUGGGGCUACCCCUCAAACAAGGAGGAAGCGUGCGAGAGAUGAAGGUGAAGACAUGCUAUCCUCUUCCCCUCCAAUAGGUAUUCCUUCCUCCCCACCUCUGCCAGCUCUGAAUGAGAACGAUGAACUUGACGACGAUGACGACCUACGCGCUGAGGACGAUCUCAUUCAAGACAUAGACGAUGUGGAUGAGCUUGCCGAAGAUGAAGAUGGUAUUGAUCUUUUUGGCGACAACUUUAUGCGUGACGAACGCGAACGUGGCGAACAAGAUACCUACCAAGGCCGCAUGAUCGACGAUGAGAACGACUAUGAUGACCUCGAUCUUGCUGAGCGCAGGCAGCUUGAAGCCCGUCUCAACAAACGAGAUAGGGAGCUGGCACGCAGGAGACGUAUGCCAGCUGCUUUCAUGCCGGAUGACGACGACGAUCUUGCUGUUGAUCUCACGAGGCAGCCUCGUCGUAGAAGACAUGCCUACGAUGAAGAUCAGGAUGAUAUGGAUAUGGACGAUAACAUUAUGGAGGAGGAACUGACGCUCGAGUCCUUGGGCGAUGUGAAAGCCUCGAGUAUCGCUGAGUGGGUGGCUGUGCCCUCGGUGUCGAGGUCUAUCAUGCGAGAAUUCAAGUCGUUUUUGACCGAAUACAUUGACGAAAAAGGCACUUCAGUCUACGGCACAAGGAUAAGAACGCUGGGUGAGGUCAACUCUGAGUCUCUGGAAAUAUCUUACGACCAUUUGACUGCCACCAAAGCCAUUCUUGCAUGGUUCCUGGCCAAUGCCCCAACCGAAGUGCUCAAGCUCUUUGACAGAGCUGCUUUUGAAGUCGUCCGCCUACACUAUCCCAACUACGAUCAGAUUCAUCCCGAAAUUCAUGUCAGAGUAUCUGCACUACCUGUGCAUUACACCCUACGCCAACUCAGACAAUCCCACUUGAAUUGCCUAGUCCGUGUCUCUGGGGUCGUCACACGAAGAACAGGUGUCUUCCCACAGCUCCAGAUGGUCAAGUUCACCUGCACAAAGUGUGACACAGUACUUGGUCCUUAUGCUCAGGAGUCUACCUCGUCAGAAGUUAAGCUCACUUACUGUCCAAACUGCCAGAAGAAAGGACCAUUUAUCCUCAACGCCGAAAAUACUGUCUAUCGAAACUACCAGAAGCUCACUCUACAAGAAUCGCCUGGCACUGUUCCAGCUGGACGACUGCCUCGACACCGGGAGGUUGUACUGCUAGCAGAUCUUAUCGACUCUGCUAAGCCAGGUGAGGAGAUCGAAGUCACAGCUAUCUACAGGAACAACUACAGCGGUCAGCUAAACAACAAGAACGGCUUCCCUGUCUUCGCUACCAUGCUCGAAGCAAACCACAUUAUCAAGACCCAUGACCAGCUGGCUGGUUUCAGACUUACCGAAGAGGAUGAACGUCAAAUCAGAGCCCUCUCAAAAGACCCACAGAUAGUUGACAAGAUCGUUGACUCUAUCGCUCCUUCUAUAUACGGCCAUAGAGACAUCAAAACUGCGGUUGCCCUAUCCCUUUUCGGUGGUGUCGCCAAAGAAGCUCAAGGCAAGCACAAGAUUAGGGGUGAUAUUAACGUCCUCCUGCUAGGCGAUCCAGGUACUGCCAAAUCACAAAUUCUCAAGUACGUUGAGAAGACUGCGCACAGAGCUGUCUUCGCCACCGGUCAAGGCGCUUCGGCUGUUGGUCUGACCGCAUCCGUGCGCCGUGACCCUCUGACAGCAGAGUGGACGCUCGAAGGUGGCGCUCUUGUGCUCGCAGACCAAGGAACCUGCCUCAUCGACGAAUUCGACAAAAUGAAUGACCAAGACCGAACCUCCAUCCACGAAGCCAUGGAGCAACAGACCAUCUCCAUCUCCAAAGCUGGUAUUGUCACAACACUUCAAGCUCGCUGCGCAAUUGUGGCAGCCGCAAAUCCAAUAGGAGGUCGCUACAACGGCACCAUCCCCUUCAGUCAGAACGUCGAGUUGACCGAACCAAUCUUGUCUCGUUUCGACAUCCUUUGCGUAGUCAGAGACACAGUCGAUCCGAACGAAGACGAGCGCCUAGCGAAUUUCGUAGUCAACUCGCACGGUCGUGCACAUCCAUCCAAGAUCAGCAUGGAAGGAGGCGACACCGCCGCCAUGGAGCUCGAGGAAACCGACGAGAUCAACAACGGCGAGCCAGUGACCGAAGGCGCAAUACCACAAGAACUACUACGAAAAUACAUCCUCUACGCCCGCGACCGCUGUCGCCCAAAACUUUACCAAAUCGACCAAGACAAAGUCGCCAGAUUAUUCGCAGACAUGCGAAGAGAGUCCCUAGCCACGGGCGCCUAUCCCAUCACCGUCCGUCACCUCGAAGCCAUCAUGCGCAUCGCCGAAUCCUUCUGCAAAAUGCGCAUGUCCGACUUCUGCACCAGCCAGGACAUUGACCGUGCCAUCGCAGUCACUGUCGACAGUUUUGUGGGGAGUCAAAAAGUCAGUGCGAAGAAGGCGUUGGCGAGGGCGUUUGCGAAAUAUACUCUGAGGAGACCGGAGAGGGGAGCGAGUUCGAGGUAUGCUGUUGGGGCGGUGAGAGGGGGGAGAGUGGGGGUGCGUGUUGGUGCGUGA